AUGAAUAAAUUUCUUGGCUUGCCCUCCGCUCUGCGGCGGAAUGUUAUGGGAGAUGUCCUGGCCAGACUGGCCAAACGCUCGUUCAGCAUCUGUCCCCAGCUGCAAGCAUCCGGCCACGAGAACCCCCUCGUACGAUCUCCAUUGCCCCGUGCUCGCCAUCACAGUAUUCUGAUACCUAACAUCUUCAAAGGGUCUCCCACGAUCAGGCACGCCGCCAAAUCUAGCGGCUCGUAUGAAGAGAGGUACUCCAAUCACAUACAAGUCGCGUCGACAUUUUCCCCGGUCACAGCGCUUAUUGAACUUUAUUCCAUCAGGUCUUCCCGAGAAGAAAGCAAUCCCCAACGUCAGCAAAGUCAUCGCCGUCAGCAGCGCGAAAGGAGGCGUAGGGAAGAGCACGAUAGCCGUGAAUCUCGCCUUAGCGAUGGCGCAACAAGGUCUUCACACCGGAAUCCUCGACACCGACGUCUACGGCCCAAGCAUCCCUACUCUCCUAAACGUAAGCAUUCCAACCCUCUCAUCCCAACCACUGUCCCCAUCAAUUGAACCUCGUCCCUCUAGCUCGAAGGCCUGGAGCCCGAACUGGACCCGAACAACCGCCUCCUCCCCUUAACCGCCUACGGUCUCAAGGCAAUGUCAAUGGGCUUCCUCGUGCCCCAAACCAGCCCCAUAGCAUGGCGAGGUCUCAUGAUCCAGAAAGCGAUGAACCAACUCCUCUUCGAAGUCUCCUGGCCGAAAUUAGACCUCCUGGUCCUGGACUUGCCCCCGGGGACAGGCGAUGUCCAACUCACAAUCACCCAGAGCAUCGAACUCUCCGGCGCCGUCAUCGUUUCCACACCCCAAGACCUGGCAUUGAGAGAUGCGGUAAGGGGCAUCGAUCUUUUCCGAAAAGUCAACGUGCCGAUCCUCGGAAUGGUUCAGAAUAUGAGCACUUUUACUUGUGUCAAUUGUGGCCAUAAUCAUGAUAUCUUUGGACUGGACGGGGCGAGGAGGAAAUGUAAUGAUUUGGGGAUUGAUCUGCUGGGCGACAUACCGCUGCAUCCUCAAAUCUGCAGCGACGCUGAUGCUGGAAGGCCGACUACAAUCGCAGAUCCUAACUCACCGCAAGCGCGGGCCUUCGGCUCGGUAGUCCGAGCUUUACGUUCCAACCUGAACAUAUGA